GAGAGCAGCGCUGUUUUUUUUUUUUUUAAAUAUAUCAGUAUCAACUCACUUAGCGAACAUUCUCUCUAUGUGCUUGUUUGGGAAACAACACACUCUUAUAAAGUUGGCUCGUAAAUAAGAGUGCAUCUGGUAGGAUCAUCGGUUACAUCGCACCUGGGAAACGAGGUCCAUCCCCUUACAUCUCAAUGUUACUCCAGUACCCCCAGACCAAGACAUACUUCUCCCACUGGUCGGACCUGAGCCCCGGUUCUGCCCCGGUCAGGAAGCAUGGUAAGACCAUCAUGGGAGGCGUCGGUGAAGCCGUGGCCAAGAUCAACGACAUCACCACAGGUCUCCUCAACCUCAGCGAGCUGCACGCCUUCCAGAUGCGUAUAGAUCCAGCCAACUUCAAGAUCCUGUCCCACAACAUAUGGGUGAUGCUGGCCAUUUUGUUCCCCGCUGACUUCACUUCAGAGGUUCAUGUGUCCGUGGACAAGUUCCUGGCCGAACUGGCCCUGGCUCUGGCCGAAAAUUACAGAUAAAAUAUGGGUCAUCAUCAGACCAGACAUAUGGCAGCAUGUUCUCAAUGCUCUGUCUUGUUCUAAAUUAUGAAUAAAUGUUCAAACGCACAUAACCACGU